AUGGCGAUGUACAAAUACCCUCCCCUACCUGGGAAAGGCUAUAUUCGCACGCUCACCCUACACCCGGGUCAAUUCGACGACGAGCUCGUCAUCAGCCUAGCUGACAUGGCCUUCAGUGACUCGCACCAUGACUAUGAAGCCCUCUCGUACGUCUGGGGCUCGGAAGGAACCCCCGAGCCCGUGGGAGUCGGCACAAGUGAUGGCCCUGUGCUACUCGCCACGCAGAAUCUUGCAGUCGCUCUGCGUCACUUGCGACAUGCAGAAAGGCCCCGCUUUCUAUGGAUCGACGCGCUCUGCAUCAACCAGAAGAACGACGAGGAGAAGGGUCCGCAGGUGGCUAUGAUGGGCGACAUCUAUCGACGUGCAGCUCGGGUCAUCGCUUGGCUCGGCCCUGCAAAAGACGACAGCGAUCACGCCAUGGAACGUUUCGAGUAUCUGGGACUUCAGGUUGACGUGGAUUGGACUACUGCGGCCGCUAUAAAACCUAUUGAUGGAUGUGUCGACAGCAGCUUGGGCGAACUUUCUACAGAACUCCCUUUCGACUCCAGAGGAAUGACCGCAAUAUACCACUUGCAGUCGUGA